AUGUUCUACGCGCUGCUGGGCAUCCCGCUCACGCUGGUCAUGUUCCAGAGCCUGGGCGAGCGCAUCAACACCUUCGUCAAGUACCUGCUGCACCGCGCCAAGAAGGGCCUGGGCAUGCGGCGCGCCGACGUGUCCAUGGCCAACAUGGUGCUCAUAGGCUUCUUCUCGUGCAUUAGCACGCUGUGCAUCGGCGCCGCCGCCUUCUCCUACUACGAGCACUGGACCUUCUUCCAGGCCUACUACUACUGCUUCAUCACGCUCACCACCAUCGGCUUCGGCGACUACGUGGCGCUGCAGAAGGACCAGGCGCUGCAGACGCAGCCGCAGUACGUGGCCUUCAGCUUCGUCUACAUCCUCACGGGCCUCACGGUCAUCGGCGCCUUCCUCAACCUCGUGGUGCUGCGCUUCAUGACCAUGAACGCCGAGGACGAGAAGCGCGACGCCGAGCACCGCGCGCUGCUCACGCGCAACGGGCAGGCGGGCGGCGGCGGCGGCGGCGGCGCGGGGGGCGCGGGCGGCAGCGCGCACACCACGGACACCACCUCGUCCACGGCGGCGGCGGGCGGCGGCGGCGGCUUCCGCAACGUCUAUGCCGAGGUGCUGCACUUCCAGUCCAUGUGCUCGUGCCUCUGGUACAAGAGCCGCGAGAAGCUGCAGUACUCCAUCCCCAUGAUCAUCCCGCGGGACCUCUCCACGUCCGACACGUGCGUCGAGCAGAGCCACUCGUCGCCGGGAGGGGGCGGCCGCUACAGCGACACGCCCUCGCACCGCUGCCUCUGCAGCGGGGCGCAGCGCUCGGCCAUCAGCUCAGUGUCCACGGGCCUGCACAGCCUGUCCACCUUCCGCAGCCUCAUGAAGCGCAGGAGCUCCGUGUGAACGCCCCGCGGGGCCUGGAGCGUCUGGGAGCGCGGGCGGGGCGGGGGGCUUCUGCCCGGAGGAGCAGCGGGGGUCGGCGAAGAGACCGCCCCAGCAGCCUUCGGCCCCAUGGGGCACC